AUGCUACCUUGUAUUGGCACCUCAGAGGAUGCUUGUGCGACGAUCUCUGUGGCGAGUACGGAGACUGCUGCUACGACGCGGGAAAUGACGCCGAUCUCGAAUCCCCAUCUGAGGGCGGGAGGUACCGCUGUGUUCCCGACGGGAGCGACACGGGACAAUACAUGCGAGCAUCCUGCCCCUCCGGCUGGGUCGACGAGGAGGUCGCGGCGCUGUGCUGCUUGCAACAAUGUGUCCAGUACCAAUGCAGUAUGUGCCUCCCUCUAUAUUUACGCUGCGGAUACGGGGGACGAAUUCAAUUAUUUACCUUUACCAAGGUCCAAUGUCCCGUAUACGCCUCGGCCUUUUACUAUGCUGAUAGACUUCACGUCCCGAAACGGCAACAACAAGGUAGGAAAAACCUAUGUCUUUAAUCUGUCCUCCAAGAAGUACUGGAAUCUAAGUGAAAUUCCCGUCAAAGAUAACCUGAUUCAUCCAGACACUGCCCCCCCUCGUAGCAAUGGAACCUGUAGAAACGAGACGAUUCUCAAGGACGAGUAUACUAUGGUCAACGGAACUGUGGUCAUAAACCUGUCUAAUCGUUCUUACCCUCCAGGGGAGUACGAGGUUGUGGACGAAGGGGUUUCGGUGUGCUCCGCGGAGUCCGACAAGUACUCGUCUGCCAUGGGAUGGGUGACGCUGGUUGGGCUGAGCGCGUCCUCCCUGUGCCUCGUGCUGCACUUGGUCGCCUUCGCUCUCGUGCCUCACCUCAGGAACCUUCACGGCAAGAACGUGGCAUCUCUUUCUGCGUCGCUCCUCGGUGCCUACGUCACGUUCAUCUUGAGCGUUUUCGCCGAGACGUCGACGACGGAAUGCUACGUGUUCGCGGUUCUCAUCUAUUACUUGUUUCUGACGUCGUUCUCGUGGAUGAACGUCUUGGGCUUCGACGUGUUUUACACGUUCAGGCGAACCAGGCUGUGGUCCGGAGACCAGUGGAAGAGGUUCUUGGUGUAUUCUGCCUACGGCUGGCUGCUGCCCGCCUGCGCCGUGGCUGCGGUGGUAGCGCUCGACCAGACGAGGCCCCCUGGCUUCCCCCCGGAAUUCCUUCCGAGUCUUGGCGAGCACCAGUGUUGGUUCGGGCGACGUCAGGCCUUGCUGGCGUUCUUCGGCACCCCCCUGUUCGCCUGCAUCGCCAUCAACGUGGCUUUGUUCGUCGCCACGACAGCCACCAUCGCCAAGACGAGGCAGUCGGAGGUGCGGAAGACCUCCCCGAGUGACCCGAAGAAGGAGUUCCUCCUGUACCUCCGCCUGGCCGUCCUGAUGGGGAUCACGUGGAUCACUUCGCGCUUCCUCGGAGGUCGCAGCACUCUAGGUGUGAGAAUGAAGCCAUCUGACAUUUUCGCUCUGCUGCACGUGAAUCUGUGCUGGGCGCUCGCAGUUUCUGUUUCAUUUUCACGCGGGGAGGAGGCCAGGAAUCCACAGCUGGGUUCCUUGACAUGCAGUAAGGAGGAAACGCAUACGUGCAGGCAAGGAAAUGCUAAAUUGUAUUGGCUCCUCAGAGGAUGCUUGUGCGACGAUCUCUGUGGCGAGUACGGAGACUGCUGCUACGACGCGGGAAAUGACGCCGAUCUCGAAUCCCCAUCUGAGGGCGGGAGGUACCGCUGUGUUCCCGACGGGAGCGACACGGGACAAUACAUGCGAGCAUCCUGCCCCUCCGGCUGGGUCGACGAGGAGGUCGCGGCGCUGUGUCGGGCAGCUUCACCGGAACAAAUGUCCUUCCAAGAAGACCCUCUACUCCACGUGCCGGUCACCAGUGGAAGGACCAACGUGACGUAUGUGAACUACCAGUGCGCAAUGUGCCAUGGUGAUACGCAGGACAUUACCUUUUGGAAUGUCAGUUUGCAGUGCCCCUCAGUGGCACGCGACAGAGACGUUGAUGUAGAUAAUCUAGUGUUUCUAGAGGGCCAGUGGGGAGUGAUUGUGAAUGCCAGUGAGCAAGAAACGGUGCACAAAUGUGAUCUGACACUAGACCACGAAAAUUUUGGGAAUUCUGGGAGAGAGUGCAGACUCGUUGUGGACCAGUGCAUGCAAAACUGGGAUGAUGAGACGAUAGAAAAACUUUGCCAUUCAUACACAUCUCACGUAAUAAUAAAUGAGAAAUUUUACAAAAAUAACUUUUGCGCUGUUUGCAACAAUGUGUCCAUUACCAAUGAAGAAUGUGACUUAUUCUUUUCCACUUAUGCUGGGAGAGAUGAUGGCGUAUUCCUUGAUUAUGGUGUAAGGUUCGGUUUUCCGUCUCCGCCUCGACCUUUUACACUGCUGAUAGACUUCACGUGCGGAAACGGAAACAACAAGGUAGGAGAAAGCUGUUUCUUUAGUCCGUUCUCCAAGAAGUACUUGAAUCUAAGUGAAGCUUCCGUCAAAGAAACCCUGAUUCAUCCAGACGCAGCAGACAAUGCCACUGCCCCCCCUCGUAGCAAUGGAACCUGUAGAAACGAGACGAUUCUCAAGGACGAGUAUACUAUGGUCAACGGAACUGUGGUCAUAAACCUGUCUAAUCGUUCUUACCCUCCAGGGGAGUACGAGGUUGUGGACGAAGGGGUUUCGGUGUGCUCCGCGGAGUCCGACAAGUACUCGUCUGCCAUGGGAUGGGUGACGCUGGUUGGGCUGAGCGCGUCCUCCCUGUGCCUCGUGCUGCACUUGGUCGCCUUCGCUCUCGUGCCUCACCUCAGGAACCUUCACGGCAAGAACGUGGCAUCUCUUUCUGCGUCGCUCCUCGGUGCCUACGUCACGUUCAUCCUGAGCGUUUUCGCCGAGACGUCGACGACGGAAUGCUACGUGUUCGCGGUUCUCAUCUAUUACUUGUUUCUGACGUCGUUCUCGUGGAUGAACGUCUUAGGCUUCGACGUGUUUUACACGUUCAGGCGAACCAGGCUGAGGUCCGGAGACCAGUGGAAGAGGUUCUUGGUGUAUUCUGCCUACGGCUGGCUGCUGCCCGCCUGCGCCGUGGCUGCGGUGGUAGCGCUCGACCAGACGAGGCCCCCUGGCUUCCCCCCGGAAUUCCUUCCGAGUCUUGGCCAGCACCUGUGUUGGUUUGGGCGACGUAAGGCCUUGCUGGCGUUCUUCGGCACCCCCCUGUUCGCCUGCAUCGCCAUCAACGUGGUUUUGUUCGUCGCCACGACAGCCACCAUCGCCAAGACGAGGCAGUCGGAGGUGCGGAAGACCUCCCCGAGUGACCCGAAGAAGGAGUUCCUCCUGUACCUCCGCCUGGCCGUCCUGAUGGGGAUCACGUGGAUCACUUCGGUGUUGGCUUCGGUCCUACGUCUGGAAGUGCUGUGGUACGUCUUCAUCGUCUUGAACACUCUGCAGGGCCUCUUCAUCUUCCUGGCCUUCACGUGCAGGACCAAGGUGUGGGAGGCCAUCGCGCAGCCUUGCCAAACGCUCUCCUCCGUCAGCUGCUGCACAAGGCAAGAGUCAGAACCUCAGUCGAGUGACCAGACCGGAAUGUCCUCCAGCUCGACCACGACUAAUAUGACUCCCGCCGAUUCAGACAUGUCCAUUUCGACGAUCAGUGCAGUUUAAAAUAGGAAUAUCUUUAUGUAAAUAGUUAUUGUUCACAUGUAUAUAGUUAGAUUAUGAUGUUCCUUAGCAAAAAAGGAGAAACUUCAAUGCCGCCGAGAAAGUGAUCGACGUGACGAGCAGCUUCGUAAGGGAACAAGAAACAACGUAACAAGAACAAAUAUUAGGUUUCGUGAAAUAUGCAGCGAUAUUUUCUUUGUUAAUUUCUUGGUGUAUUUUAGCUCACUUAACUAACUGCAGAAACGGUGACUCAAAAUACGUUUUAUACAGCACAGCACCACUAAUGGACACUGUUUUAGCCAAUAUCUUUGUAUAUUACUGUAAAAAUUAUUUAUAUUUUUGUAAGUAAACAUUUACUGAAAAA